GGCGCGAUAAUGGUAAACACAUCAUCCUUUGGCUGCUUGAAAUUUUCGUAAUCAAAUUUGAGUGAGAUAAAUGAUAAACACGGUAACAAGACGUUUGAUUACUCGAUAACCAUCGAUGGAGCGUUGGAUCAUCCCAUGAAAGACGUCUCCGCUCACCAGAGUACCAAUAAUCCGAGCAUCAUCUUUAUUCGAACAGUUGGACAGAAAUUUAUAAUCUUUUUAUCCCUUCCUCUUUGCGGAUUAUCCUUGCUUACAGCAAAAGGAGGAAGAUAAGAACGUUCUCCCCUUUGAUGGAUGAAGCCAGAGGAGAAAUUCCAGAAUGAAAGCUCGAGAAAUUGAUGGGACAAGGUGGCUAACUCUUCUCUCGCCAGCCUUUAGCGUCGUUAUCAUCAUUGAACCUCUCAGCGCAUCUCCUCCGGCGAGGUUCGUCAUCUCUCAUACCGGUCUAUUACAGCAGUAGCCAACGCUCGACCACUACGGCGCACAAGAGUGUCCCCACGUCUUACGAUGAUUUUUUGAAUUUAUUCUCAACGAAACAGAGUCAUCUAGUUGCAGUAGGAGAUAUUUACCCAAUUUGCUACUAGGUAGCAGAGACAGACAACCGUACUAUCCAGCAGUUCAUUCGUUUACUUAUGAAAUGAAACUGUCGUCACCGGUUCUCUAUUUUGGUGCGGGAGCAUUCAUACAACACGAGGUGGAUGGCGAAAUUGGGUCCCAAUGCGGUAAAACUGUUUUAAGGAAAUCUCUGGCCCCUGCUAUUCUGGCCAUGUGAGUGCAAAAGCUAGUAAUUCAAAUCGUCCCACUAUCCAGUCCGUUGCAGAUGUUACCUUAUGGGACGCUCAACUAAAAAUACAGGUCAAGGCCUUCCAAAACGGCUACAUUUGACUACAGUUACUACAAGUUUGCUGGAGCUGCUGAAAGAUAAUUCAUAAGGAUCUAUUUGUGCAGUAACCACAAUUCGAGCCACGUACUACGUUUUUAUCCAAGUCGACGCAAAAUGUUCUCUCAUGUGAAUGAAGAGACUCACGCGCAUGCUCCUGGAUUCGAGAUUCACCCCCACUAUUUCCCAAUGGGAAGGAAGGAUUCUUUUAGUAACUCAUCAGUCUCCCAAGGAACUAACACUACAAAGGCAAGCCGAAGCUUCGGUUAAUUACCGCCCACUAUCUCUGGGUCCCUCAGGAUUCAACAAAUCCAACGGUUUCAUCGGUCGGCGUUUAUCAAGAAAGAUGUUUACAUUCAUUUAUUUAAACCUGCGACGUCUCAAGAACCAAUUGUUAAAUUUGUUUUGCCGUCUAAUCCGGAACAUAUCAUCGAUUGCCGGUCAGCAGCCCGAAGCAACUGGAGAACAACGUGUUUCGCCGACGUUAGUAAUCAACAGGAACAGAAUUCUAGGAGAAGGGAGAUACGGGUACGUUUUCGAAGGAACCUGGGAGGAGACGAGGGUUGCCGUCAAGCGAAUUGAAAUAGAACGCACCAACGAAAGAGAAGAGACCGCACUGCAACAGUGUGACCAUCAUAAUGUCAUAACACUUCUUGACGUUCAAAGCGACCAAAAUUUCAAAUAUUAUGUGCUGGAAUUUUGCGUGGCAUCGCUGGAUCACCUAUUUUUGCAAGAGACGGACCCGAACAAAUAUCGUGGGCCUAUGCCCGCGACAAAAAAAGAUGUUUGUCUUCAGUUGGCCAAAGGAAUGGAACACAUUCAUGAACAGAGAUUGAUCCAUCGAGAUGUCAAACCGGAAAACGUCCUCAUCUGGGUGGAUUCCAUUAGAGAAAAAGUUUUAAUGAAAUGGGCUGAUUUUGGACUUAGUAAACCAGUCAGCGAAAGAGGAACUCAUUCUAUUAGUUCUGAAUUUAAGGGAUCAGAAGAUUGGUAUGCCCUUGAAAUAUGUAGGAUGCAAUCGGAAACAACUUCAUCACAAUCGGUAGAAGGAGAAAACGUGGCAAAUCCCAUUCGUCAAAGAGGAACCGUCAAGAGCGAUGUCUUUUCCGAAGGGCUAGUCUUUGCCUAUUAUCUAUUAGGCGGAAGACAUCCUUACGGUAAAAGAAAUGAAAUUCCAAAAAACAUUCUCAACGCCAGGCCAGUCAAUAUGAAUGAAAUAGAGGGGCAUCCCAUGCACGAUAUCAUCAUGGACAUGUGGAACACCGAUCCUGCAGAGAGGAUUUCAUCAUCCCAAGUCGUGGAAAGAAUCUCCAACAUUGAAGGAUGGCAAGAACCAUGUAUCCCCCCGUCUCCUUAAAAAAAUGUCAGAACUUUUCAAUCCCCCUUUAAGAAAAGUGUUCAGCGCAGGAAAGGGCCGAAAGAUGUGGGUGGAGGAAAAGAUUACAAACGGUUUUUCCGUGGGCAGUUCAAAGUGUCGCACGUAAUAAAAACUUUCACGGUUUGGUUUCAUGGUCAUGCAACGCAAUGAACGGGGAAUUAAUACUUUUUGUUUGCUUAUUUAUUUUUAGAAUGGGUUUAACAACCUAAAAUUCUGUGUUAAUGCUUAAUGGACUAACAUUUCCUUUAAAAAAUCACUAAGCCCACACAGUUUGGCUGAAAAAUAUCUGCUGUUGUCAACCGGAGCUAAACUUUUACUAACUAAAUAACAGGUAAUCUUUGUAAUAGCUUAUACUGCCAUAAUCAACAGAUUUUGAACACAACAGUAUUCUGGAAAAUAAUAAUCGAACUAAUAUAUAACUAAGAAAAAUAACAUUUUCGAACCCACUAUUAAAUGGUUGUACGGUCAGUUAACUUUUACAAUGAUGCAAAUGCUAAUUUCUAGUCAUCUGAUAAAUAAUAAAAAAUUCAUUUUA